UCAAAUAUUCCCCGUCAUGUAUCCUGCUACGUCUCCAGCGAAAGGCUGGGUCCUUCACAGUCAUUUUUUACGAUCCUCCAGAAGAAAUAGAAGGGUUUGGAAUAUUUCAACUCCGGAUGCCCCAAUUCUCUAUGUUAAUGAGGACACUGUUUUGUAAACAAAACACGAGCUAGUUGUGAGUCAUAAGCUUGUGUUUCGUUGCCUACUUCCAGCGUGGAGACAUGAGUAAACUCUCAGAAAGUUUAUAAUCUAUUCAAAAUGAACACUUGGAGUCGAAUUAACAAAUUCAAAUUGUCAUUAUUUGGUGAAAUGGGAGUUGGGAAGACCUCCCUGAUCACCAGAUUUAUGUAUGACAGUUUCGACAACACCUAUCAGGCAACAAUUGGAAUUGACUUUUUAUCAAAAACAAUGUACCUGGAAGACAGAACUAUACGACUACAAUUAUGGGACACAGCUGGACAGGAGCGGUUCCGAAGUUUAAUUCCCAGCUAUAUAAGGGAUUCCUCUGUAGCUGUGGUGGUCUAUGAUAUAACUAAUGCUAACUCUUUUCAACAAACAUCAAAAUGGAUUGAUGAUGUUAGGACGGAAAGGGGAAGUGAUGUCAUAAUUAUGUUGGUGGGAAAUAAAACAGACCUAUCAGACAAAAGGCAAAUCACUACGGAGGAAGGUGAGAGGAAAGCAAAAGAACUAAGUGUCAUGUUUAUUGAGACAAGCGCAAAAGCUGGUUACAACGUCAAGCAGUUGUUCAGGAGAGUGGCCGCAGCAUUACCAGGAAUGGAACAAACUGAGACAAAGAAAGGAGAAAUGACGGAGGUUAAACUGAAGGACACUGGCCCCACAGAACCGGAGCACAAAGAAGGCGGGUGUUCGUGCUGAGGCCAGACCUUAGUGCUGUGGGUGUAGUUACUGGGCAGGGGAGGAUAACUGUGUAUGUGACAAAGGAAUUCAGUCGGGAAAACCCCGCUAAAUGGAGAGACUAGACAGACUAUUUAAACAGACCCUCCGAUAUUCUGCUAAGUUGUUAUAAUGAAAUUUUGUAAUAGGUGCUGUUAUGUGAAGAAAAAAUAGUACAUACUCUUUUUCCAUAAUACUGCCUGUAUAUGUUAUGCCUGUGAUGUAUACAACCAUUUCUUCCUUGCAUGUUAAAAACAGUGAUCAAAUUCUGUUAAUAGUGCCACCAGCAUGGUAACUUAUGAUUACAUAGUAACUUAUGAUUACAUAGUAACUUAUGAUUACACAAAAGAAAUACAGAAGCAACCAUCUCUUUUCCUGCAGUGAUAUUUGAAUUAUAAAUGUAUGUGUUUAUUUUUUCAUUAAUUUGGAAGUAUUGACAAUGCUCCCUCAAGUAAUUUGCUUCACUUUAGUUUGUGUGGCAUUAAUUUUGUCACCACCAUCAGCUGAAAGAAAUGUAACAAUGAGAAUAUCCCUCUAAUUUUGCUGUAUGCCUAAAGCAGAAUUUUCUCAUCAGAUUGGAAGUAUAUGACAAAGCUCCCUAAGUUUUUUUUUUGUGCUUCAUUUUAGUUUGUGUUUCAUUAUUUUGUCACCACCAGCAGCUGGAAUUAAUAAAACAAUGAUAAUUCAGUAUCCCUUCAGGAGAAUUCUUAUUGUUUAUUUUUUUGUUAGUUAAAUUUACAGUAUUUGACAUAUAUAAAAGAAUAUUUUUUAUCUGUUAAACAAUUGUUUAAUUGCUGUUAAAGCAAUGGUAGAUGGGUAUUAUGUAAUUGAUAAUCAGAAUCGUGUUGAUGGUACUAUAGGGGGAUGCGAAUCUGAAUAUUGUCCACGUUCAUGUAAAUUCUGUGAAUGAAUUCAGAACAUAUAUUAAAUGCACUAUCGUUAUCUAUGCAUUUAUCACUUUUCAUUAACGUCCUAAGCAUCAGUUUUGAUUUUAAUGCGUUUAUUUAAUACAUAUAUUUGUUUUGUAUGAUUGCAUUUUUAGCAUGUAUGUUGUGUAUGCUUGUGAUCAACUGAAAAAUUACUGAAAUUAUUAAAUUAUGUUUUCAUGUGGUUGUUGCAGAUUAAUGUUGAUGAUACACUAAAGUUUUUUGUUGAGUAGAUCCAAGUCCUUAACAGCACGGGAAGCUUUUUAACAAGAUGUGUUUGUGCGAUUCAAAAGACUCGCUAUAAUUUCACUUGAUAUGACCUUGACUUAACCUGACUUACAUUUGUAACCCCAUGACGUUUUACAUGAUGAAAUAUAACAAGAAUGGGUAUAAAAGCAGUAUCGCCCUACUCCUGUCUUUCAUGUCGAGGGUGAAAAACAAUUUGAGUGCUUUGAAUUAGAUUUGGGGACGGGGUGGGGUUAUAGAUAGCCUUGUUUUAACAAAGAUGAAGUAUUUUAUUAAUAUAUGUACAUGUCGCACUCCGUUCUCGGGCAAUAAUUUCUCGAUGAAGACGCUAAUUGUAGGCUUUCAUUGUUGGCUAUGGAAUAUUUGUGGCUGAGAGCAGUCAUUAAUCUUACAGAUAUAUAUACUAGCUGGCUUUUGAUCAGAAGGUUAUGCUACGAUAGACGAAGACGAAAGUUUUUGAAUUGGGCUGCAAUUGAUUCCAUUGGUAAUAUUUACAUUCACCGAAUCUUUUCUCAUAUUUCUAUUGAAAUUGCUUUCAUCUGCGACAAUGAAUGUAUGUUUCUUGCUAACUAGUUCGAUCUGGUUUUUAGUACCACCUGUCUGUAAUCAUUACCAAAAUGUGGAACGUCAUCAAGGUCAAAGGGUACAUUGGCUCUAACGCAAUGAAUGGGUCAACCAUGUGAUAUUUUAUCUAGUUUUUGAAUCUAGUUUAUAUUUUUUGAAAAGCAUAAAAAUGUAAACAAUAAAAUGGAUUUCUUUGUUGUUUCGUUGGGCGAUGAAGGUAGUACGCGGGUUACGUAAUAUUUUUUAGCUCACCUGAGCUGAAAGCUCAAGUGAGCUUUUCUGAUCACCCGUAUUCCGGCGUCCGUCCGUCCGUCUGUCUGUAAACUUUUCACAUUUUCAACUUCUUCUCAACAACCACUGGGCCAAUUUCAACCAAAGUUGGCACAAAACAUCCUUAGGUAAAGGGAAUUCUAAAUUGUUAAAAUAAAGGGCCAGGCCACCUUCCAAGGGGAGAUAAUCAAGAAAAGGUAAAAAUAGGGUAGGGUCAUUAAAAAAUCUUCUCAAGAACCACUGUGCCAGAAAAGAUGAAAUUUAUAGAUAAGCUUUAUUAGGUAGUGCAGAUUCUAAAUUGUUAAAAUCAUGGCCCCCGGGGGUCGGAUGGGGCCACAAUAGGGGAUCAAAGUUUUACAUACAAAUAUCUAGGGAAAAUCUUUAAAAAUCUUCUUCUCAAGAACCAUUGGGCCAAAGAAGUUCAUAUUUACAUGAAAGCUUUCUGACAUAGUGUAGAUUCAAAAACCAUGGCCUCCAGGGGUAGGUUUGGGGCCAUAAUAGGGACUACGGUUUUACAUGCAAAUAGAUAUGGAAAAUCUUCUGAUAUGGACCAAGGUGACUCAGGUGAGCGAUGUGGCCCAUGGGCCUCUUGUUUCUGCAGUGCUAGCUACCUUCAUCACCCGAUGAAACAACAAAGACAGCAUUUUAUUGUUUAAGGAUGUACUCUACAUCGUCAUCAUGACUGACUUCCAUUAAAAACAUGGAGGAAAAAAUCAAUAUCAGCAAUAUUUGACUUUUCCUUUUCAAUUUACAGUGUAAAUACCUAGCCGAGUAGGUUAGCGUACCUAUUGGUGAACUGUAGGUCGCAGGUUCGAGUCUAGCAGGGAUUUUAAUUUUUUUCUUCAGAAUAUCUUCUACUAAAACUGCAUUUUUUGACAAAAUAAAGUGAAUUUGAAAAUUUUCAACUUCAAAAUAUUGUACAUAUCCUCCUCUUUUCAUCUACAUCAAAUUUCUCUGGUGUAGCACACCUCCUUAAAUAAAAGUGGAAAUAGUGCUGUUGUACAUUUGGGUCAGAACUACAAGAUGACCUAUGUGACCCUUCACAUAUUUAGCUGGUUACGCCUCAAUAUACUUACCAUGAAAGCCAUACAUAUUUCUGGUUUCAUGGAACUGGCAUUGAUUAAGUUUUCCCAAGAGCAUGGACUUUGUAAUGGAAAAUUUGCGUUGCACAUGUUGACCAGAUGGAAUAGAUGUUCAUAUUCACAUGAGUGUCAUAAAAAUUUCAUGAGAGAAAUGUGAAAUUCACAUGGGUAGUAUAAGACGUAGAGCAGGGUUGUUAUAAAAAAAAUUAUUGAGUCGUCUGCUGAUUUUGCUCUGAACUGGAAAUGGGUAAUGUGAUGUACUCUUCAUCAGCAAGACGGCAAAGGUGAAAUUGCUAUUAAAAAGCUGACCAGAGAUGACCACAAGUUCAUAUAUACACGAGGAACAUUACUACAUUGUAUUACAUAAAAUCGUAUACCACUUUCUUGAUUGUGCAAGCCUUCAAACCUAAACGAUAAACAUUACAAGAUUUGUCCAUUAAUAAAAAGGAUAGGAACAUCAAACACGAGUUUUCCUUUGCAUGCCGUUGAGAAUACAUUUUAUUGUCGAUUUUAAAUUCCUGCAUGGAGUAAAAUACCCCCAAAUUAAUGUUAAUGUUGAAAUAUUAUGAUAUCCUUGACGACAGCUUCAGAUAUAGAACUACUUCCGUCGUCCAUAGACCACGUGGGCCAAGAACCGGAAGGGGGUGGAUGUUCCUGCUGAAAGCAGUGUGCGUGCGCAGACUGUCGUCAUAUAUACAACAGUUGUUUUAAAGAGUCCAAUCAGACAAAAAGUUAUAUUUGUGUUUUGUGCCAAACGCUUUAAAACCAUAAGUUACACGCGUUAACUAGUUUGGUAUUUGACCGUAUGCAAUCGUUAAUGAUGGAAUUGUCGGAUGUGACGAUGGAAGCUGUUUUGGAAACAGUGUGAGAGUGUGUAUCUGUUUGAUUUUUUUACUGCUAUUAAUGUGUCAGUGUUUUGUAUGCACACCGAAUAUCAUGUGAUAUUUGUCUCCAUCUUAUGAAAUAUAGAUAUGUCUAGAAUUCCA